CGCUCGGUUUUUUUAUUUUUUAUUACAUGCGCAGUCCCGUUCCCGAAUCACUCGUCACCACGGCAACCUGCGUUCACGUCCAGCAUCCGACACCGACACCGAGACCCAUCCGCUCCCGGGCGACGAGGCAGGAAGAUCCCCGCAAAGACACGAUCUGUUCAGGCCAUUCCAGGCAGCGGAGCAGCCAUGGUGAAGCUGGGUACUAAUCUCUCUGAUAAGCUGGAGAAGCAGCCAUCUGCAGAUGACGGCUUUGAUAACAUCCCCCUCAUCACGCCGCUGGAGGUCAGCCAGCUCCAGCAGCCACUGGCUGACAAGGUCAUCGUGAAGACAAAGACACAGUUUCAGCUGAAGCAGCAGCAGAGGAAUAGGCUGUACGCUCCCAACAUCAAGAAGCUGAACAUCAACUUCUACAACGAUGUCUCGGAUAAAGUUAAGAUCACAGGUCUGAUCCUCAUCACACUGGCGUUUUUGACCAGCCUGCUCCUCCUUCUCAUGUACAAAGCCAUGUGGUACGACCAGCUCACCUGCCCAGAGGGGUUUGUCCUGAAGCAGAAGCAUUGCACCCCCGCAGCUCUGGAGAUGUACUACACCGAGCAGCAGCAGCAGCAGCAGGACGGGGAGGAACCGGGCACCCGCGGCGGUGCCGGUACCGGGCUCUACGCAGCUCUCAGCCACCUCAACCAGGUCAAGAGGACUGGGCCUGGGUUGAUGUCGCAGUGGUUACCAGUAAUCAGGCAGGAGGCCGAGGAAGCCAAAGAAAACAGCGAGCCUCUUAAAGAAAACGUGGAGGGAGAGGAUUGAAGGAUAAAAUUGAGAAAUAUAGCCGAAGCAGCUGGAAAUUAUGGCGAGAAGAUGUGUGUGCAUGUAUGUAUACUUGUUUUCUGCAGGUAUUGGGGACCAUACCUACACUUAUGAGGACCUGUUUUUACCAGAGCAAAUAGCCUUGGGAAAAGGAGAUUUCUUUAGGAAAUCUGAUUUCAUUAUUGGUAUGAUUGUUUAUUUUAAAAUAGCAUUAGGUCUGUAUUUGUGUUUUUGUGUGAAUUAUCCAAAUCUUUAAAACUACGCAGUCUAUUAAAAUCUGCAGCGUCGGGUCAAAUCGUUGUGUUUAGAGACAGGAAUGGGGUUCACUUUUAGAGCGCAACUCAAAAAUGGAUUUAAACAAAGUUUGCAUUCUAUAUUUGCAUGCGCUCAUGUAAAUACCCCAAACGCCAUCAUUGCCUACAGGCAGAUAUGCAGAGUAUGCGUAUUUGCGUUCAUGGUUCCAUGUGUACAUACCUACACUGCAUAAUGUGCACUUAUGUGUGAGAAAGUGGAAGGUGAAAGCAAAGAGGCGGUGUGAGAUUUUGGGGGGGUGAGAAUUGAACUGAACACGUUUCUAAUCAAAUCGCUGCAAGUCUUGAGCGCUGACAUCUUGUAAUUUGUUUGUCUUAGAGCAGAAUGCUUAAAAUAAUAAAUGAAUGUGCCCUGCCCAGUUUUACUGUUGUAAUAUUUUAAUUUCAUGCUAGAUUAGGCAUAAAUUACAUUUUUGUACUGUUUGAAUCGGAGAACAUCUUAAUGAUUCCAGAGCCAUAAAUCAACUUAAUUUGAACAAUCUUAUAUUACGCAUUGAUAUAAGCUUCUUAACGUAUUGUGAAUGUAGCUAUUUAUGUGUUACUACAGAUAAAAAUUACAUCUCUAUAACACUGUAUCUUUAUGUGUGUUAGCUAGAUGUAAACACAAUGCAGGGAAGUGCCAUCAUUGUUUUUGCUUCUUUUGGUGUUUACAUUUUCCAUUAAUUUUCUGUUUUUCUCAGAAUAUUACCUUUGUUUUCAUUAAUGCUUAGAAUAGUACACACAGUAUUACAUCAAAUGAAUGUGUAAAAUAGCAGCUUUUAUCUUUUAAACAAAUGUUAUUCAUGGGUAUUAUGCUUGCACUGAAAGAUUCACUUGAUUAAUUUAUCGCACAUUAAUGUUUUCUCUCUUGAAAAUUAGUUUUUGGUAAAUAGACAUCUUAGCGUAAAGGACGUCAUUCAAAGUCAAUCUUAAUAUUGUUUUUCAAGAAAUAAACAGCACUUGAUUGACAAAAUUG